AACCAAAAAAAAAAAACUAAUCACAACAAACAACACGUGUAAAACUGUUUUGUAAGUUUCGAGGCCAAAAAAUAAUAUUUAUUUGGUGCUGCUGCCUCAUAAGUGUACAUUCAAGCAGUUUUUAAGAAAAGCAGAAUUUCAUCAUGGGAAAGAAAAGAAAAAUUGCCUCUAAAGACGAUGAUUUUGAGUAUGACCCAGUACCCAAACAUCUAGUGACCUCUCACAUUAAGAAACAAGAGAAACGUUUAAUUGUUAUUUUGGAGAAUGCACAACUUGAAACAGUGAAGGUUGGAAAUAGUUUUGAAUUGUUGAAUUGUGAUGACCAUGCCAACAUCUUACGGAAAAAUGAUCGUGACCCAGGUUCCUGUCGACCAGAUAUUACACACCAGUCUUUACUCAUGCUAAUGGACUCUCCAUUAAACCGAGCGGGCCUGCUUCAAGUGUACAUACACACAGAAAAAAAUGUACUUAUUGAAAUAAACCCACAGACAAGAAUACCAAGAACUUUUAAGAGAUUUGCUGGGUUGAUAGUUCAACUACUACACAAGUUUGCUAUCAGAGCAUCAGAUGGUCCAAUGAAACUACUUAAAGUUAUCAAGAACCCAGUAACAUCACAUCUUCCUGUGGGUGUACGAAAAAUCACCAUGUCAUUUAGUUCAAAAAUGGUUCAAAACUGCAGAGAACUGGUCCCUAAGGAUGAGCCAGUUGUGCUGAUUGUGGGAGCUAUGGCACAUGGUAAAGUUGAAGCGGAUUAUUCAGAAGAUGUCAUAUCAAUAAGCAACUAUCCACUCUCUGCAGCAUUGACAUGUGCUAAAUUGUGUUCAGCAUUUGAAGAAGUUUGGGGUGUAGUCUAAGCUAUAAAAAGAAU